UCCAUAGCAACGGCAGCAGCACAGUCACAGCAGAAAGGCAAAGCAUUCUGGUAGAGUACCCUGCUGCUAGGCUGCAGCCAGUGAAUUUGUUUUAUUCUGUGUCUAGACAGGAAAUGCAUUAUAUCUGGAUUAUUAGAAUAGAUGGAGUGUAAUUACCUGAAAAUUUAAACCUGUAAGGCACGUGUCACAGAUGCAGACAUUCUACUUAGCUAACAGGGAAACAGUACGUAGACCGUGUAUAAUCCAACUGCUUGAACACCUUGAGAUCAGUCUACUCUCAGCCCUCCCACCUGCAGACUACGUCUGCAGCUCAGCUGACACAGAAGGAGUUCCCUCACACUGCACAGGAACAUUUUGUCUGUUGGGGGAGGUGCUUAUUUUGUGUAACUGGGAAACAAAAUGAAGCAGUCUUAUGUGACCAGUCAAACAGCAGGUGGGACAGCGUCUGCUUUGGAACAGCUGUGAAAAGCACCUGAACUGCAGAGCAGAGGUAGGAAACAACUUUGUGGUCCAAACUCAUCAGUGAGGACUUGACACAGGGGAGGGUGCAAAACUCUACCAUGUUGAUACUGAUGUUGAAUGUCGUUUUAUUAAAGAAGCAAGUUUACCCUCUACUGCUCGAGUGCCCAUUGUCAGUCGGCUGUUUACGACACAGCCUGGCAAAAGUUAUACAAGGAACAAGGAGUGAAUGUGUCUCCUCGAUCUAAAAAGAAGAGCAAGCAAGCUGAUGACAACAUGAAAGCAUUGUAACUCUGGAUGGAUAUGAUGGCUUCCCCUCAGUACAGCAAGGUUCCUGAUGGAGGAUGGGGCUGGAUGGUGGUUUUUGCUGCGUUCUUGCAGUCAGCACUAGUAUUUGGAGUAAUACGUUCCUUUGGAGUCUUCUUUGUGCAGUUUGUGACAUAUUUUAAUGAGCUGUCCAGUAGUGUGUCCUGGAUUACAUCAGUCGGAGUUGCUGUACAACAGUUUGGGAGUCCACUAGCUGGUGCUUUAAGUAAUCAGUAUGGAGCACGUUCAGUUGCAAUGCUGGGUGGUUUUCUGACAAGUCUUGGGAUGCUGCUUGCUUUCUUUGCCACCUCACUGAUGCAUCUUUAUUUGACUAUUGGAUUGUUAUCAGGUUUAGGCUGGGCCUUGGUUUUCACUCCCACAAUUGCCACAGUGACACGUUACUUUAAGAAGAGAAGGACGUUGGCUGUAGGAUUGGCUUUCACUGGGGUGGGCCUUUCCUCAUUUGCCUUUUCACCAUUGUUCCAAUACUUUGUCGACGAAUAUGGCUGGCGAGGUGCACUUCUCAUUCUGUCAGGCAUGACCGCCAAUCUAAUCGUCUGUGGAUCACUGUUACGACCUAUUGCCUUAAAAGAAGACACUGAUACAGUUAAAGCAGAGGAUUCAAAGAGUAAGGCUUGUCUACAGAAAGUCAGUAUGCUGUUGGACCUGACACUUUUUUAUCAUUGCCCUUUCAUGAGACUUGCACUGGCCAUCACCUUAAUAAAUACUGGUUAUUUUGUACCAUAUGUGCACUUUGUGGCUUUUGCGAGGGAAACAGGCUUUGAUGAAUACCAGGCUGCCUUCCUCAUGUCUGUUGCUGCCAUCACAGACUUAAUUGGUCGUCUCUUUUCUGGUUGGAUGUCAGACCUUGGAAAGCUCCGCCUAGUUCAUGUCCUUUUUCUAUGGACCUUAUUGACGAGUGUCAGCAUUGCUGCUAUUCCACUGGGUACCAGUUAUCCAUUGUUGGUGAUCAUCAGCACUUGUUAUGGGUUUUUCUCUGGGGCAAUGACACCUGUUGUUUUUUCACUCAUUCCUGAAAUUGUGGGUAUCCAAAGGAUUUUUGGGGGACUAGGACUGUUACAAAUGAUAGAGAGUAUUGGCGGAUUACUUGGAGCACCCCUUUCAGGUUGGCUCCGAGACAUUACUGGUAAUUAUACAGCCUCAUUCCUGGUUGCUGGUGGAUUUCUCUUUCUUGGGAGUCUUGUUUUAUGCACACUGCCAAAUUUCUUUUCCUGUUAUUCUACCUCAGCUUCUAAUGGCCAAUCAGAUGACAGCAAAAGAGAUGAAGCCAAACAGCUGACCAAACAGGAGGCCGAGUCUCACUGCAAUACACAUAUAGAGGACAUACCUGUCAAAAGUGUCUAGAUGUCAAGAAGCUGAGUUCAGUGAUCACAUUUUCCACUGAGCAAAAUGGUCAUCAAAAGCAUAAGAUAUGGUAUUAAAGCUGGAAGUGAUGUUUUUUGACCUUACUCCCUCACUUGAUGUUAAACAAAUAUUUUUGUACAUCUUCCCUUUGGGAAAAUAAAACACCUAUAUCUUCAAACAGUACAAACCUUUGGCUCAGGAUGUGGGUGUGCGUGGCCAAUAGUACAAUAUCGAGUAGAGAAUUCAGAUUGUUAAUUUUUGUGAAGGUGUUCUCUCCUGGGCUAUUACAGCCAAAUUCCUUAGCUCCUCAAGACAUAACUCUGAGCUACAUAACAGGAAUAAAAAAAAAAAUCACCAUUACCUGCUGAAUGCCAUGCUUUUUUCUGGCCAUCCUACUUUUCCAUUUGUUCUCCCAAUGAGAGAGCCACUGCCCAUCCAUUCCUGUGGUGAUAAUCAGAUGAACCAGGACUGAGGAUGUCAUAUAUGUAGGGAUGCAGUUUUUUUCACUACAGCUGCUAACUUUAGUAGCAUAAAUGUGUAGUUACUGGUGAUGGUUAGUUACUGAUGGUAGGGGAAGGUAUUCUUGAGCAAAUGAAAAGUGACAUGUCAGAAAUUGUGAAAAAACAGUAUUGGUGCAUUCUUAGGACAAGCACAAAUGGAGUAAUAGUUCUGGUCUUGACUACACUAAUGAUGACCGAAGUUCAUCUAGCAAGCCCCCAGUCCAUGGUGACAAUGGGGGUAGUAGGAAAGAAUACUCAAGUCCGGUUCACCAGCCUUGGUGGGUAAUAAGAUAGAAUCUGGGAGCCUGGAAGAAACACAUGGUAGAGAUCAAGGUUCACCCUCCCCAAGAAGUGUCUACCUGAAACUUAGCAGUGCAAGACAGGCAGCAAGGGCAAUAGUGGGAACACAGCCAUGUUACGGGUAAGAACCUGAACUGUGAGCAUUUCACAUCAGGGUUUAAAUUCACCCAAGGCAGGCAACAGAUAGGUCCAAACCUCUUCCCUCUCCUGCAUCCAUAAGACCCUCAAGUUCUUCUCAGCAAGGAGAAACUGUAUGGAGUUUGGACUUUGACUUUAUAUAAACUGUCAAGCACUAUCUCAUCAGCUAAGAAUAAUUUAGGAUUUCCUUUGCCAUUUUAAAUGUGAUUUAAUGCAAUUAUUAAUAUUAUUAAAUCAGUGAGAAAUAAAACAAUUAAAAGACAGGAAAAAAGUAAUUAUAGGGAAUUACAAUGGCUUAAGAAGUCCUGUUUCUGUGAAGUAUGUGGACAAAGUUAGAUAAAUGUUUUUUGUUUGUAGUUUUUCCAGCUCCAUCCCUGCUCCUAGAAGCAUCUCUGAAGCUUAAAAGUGAGCUGCCUCAUAACCUUUCAGUUUCCCACUUACAGAAGGGCUUACUACUAGUUGUUUAUUCUGCAGUAUAAAGUGUUGUCACAGGAUUCACACCAUGUUUUUCAAAGCUACACCUCUUGGGUUUUUGUAAAUGUUGAUAACUUGUACAGUGGUUUAGCAGACUCCCAGUAUACUUUUUGCUCCUGUUAUCAGUGCCUCCCAGCCUCCAGGAUGUAAGCACCAUCCCCUUCACUGAUGGAAGGCAGGAGCUUUUGGGACACUGAGAUUAUCUCAGACCCCUGCAGCCUGCAAUUUAUUUCUGGUUUAGUGCAUACAGAAAACAAACAAUAGUAUCAAAGCAGGAUGCUAGGCUGACAGAUCUAGAGCAUUUUUAAGCAUAGCCAUUCAUGACCCAAAUUUCCCAAAUGUCAAUGCCCAUGGUCUAGAAUGGCUUUGGUAUAUACCUGUGACUUAUGACAUCAGCAAACUGCCCCUGUCCAUAACGGCCACAGGCAACAAGCCGGGGCGAAUUUACAAUUUCCCAUCCACUGGCCCAAACUGAGUUUUAACAGGCUUAGGGAAGAGCUCUGUUCCAUAUGAAUGGGGAGUCUGUUCCAGAGAAGGGGUUAUCUCUGAGACACAUACCUGUCCCUUCAAUAUGUUUUGUUUAUGACUCAGAUGAGGUUUAGAUCAUUAAAUUGGUUAAUUUCAGUGCUGUUUGUUUUGUGAAUAUGUAGCAGAUCCAUUAAAGCUGGAUUGGAGAAUGGCUUGUAGGUUAGGCAUAGAUCACCCCUCAGAAGUCUGUAGGAGACUGAAUACAGGGGAAGGACUUUGAGGCAGUCUGCAUAGGAUGUAUUAUUUACAUCCUGUAUUCUUUUUGUGAGGAACUUCUGUGGCUGCUACAGUUGCUGUAAAUGCCUGCACAGAUACAUGCCAAAGGGUGGACUGUACUUGAUUAUGGGUCUAACGAGGUCUGAGUAUAGUGGAACUAUGAUCUCCUUAGGUCUGGAUGAAGUGCCCUUACUUAUUAGUUGCAUCACAUGGACUCAUAGUGAUCAAAGUUCAGGUUACCAUCAAACUGAAUUCCCAAACCUCUAACCACUGGUUCUGCUCUUAGGGGAGUGAUUUCAAUGCUGUAAUUUGCAGGGGUGGUUGUCUUCUCAAAGGGUAUAAUUAUACAUUUUUUUGCAUUGAGUUUUAGGCCAUGGCUCUGGCACCAGUUAUUUGUCUGUGUUAGACCUUCCUGGAGGAUAUGUAUGGGGAUUCAGUGAUUACGUCCAGCUUCCAGUCAUCAGCAAAUUUGGUCAGCCAAAGGCCCUUUAUAUUUGUCUUGACUUCAGAGAAGUAUAUUCCAAACAGAAGAGAUCCCAGUACAGAGCUCUGUGGUACACCAGUAAUAACAGGCCCAUUGGUAGAGGCCCUUGUAAUUUCUUGUGUCCUAUUUGUGAGCCAUUUGGCUAUCCAUCAGUUGACCCAGGAAUUUAUGCCUAAAUUUGUGAGUUAGUCUAUAGCACCUGAGUGAGGUAUGGUGUCAAAUGCUUUUGCCAGGUCAAGGUAGGCAGUACCAUUUUGCCCUCAUCCUCUGUAGUGGCUGUAGUGACCUUCUCAAAGAAGUCCACCAAGUUUAGUAGACAUGACCUGACCUUGACGAAACUGAACUGUGAUGGUGCCAGUGUUUGAAGAUUUCUUAUGUUUUUGCUUAUCAAGAAAAUAAUUCUUUCCAUGGCAUUGCAUGUAAGAUGAGUCUAACUUAUGAGUCUGUAGUCCUCUGUGUCCAUUGAUGGUCUACCUUUGUGUGGAGGGAUGACAGUUGCAUUCUCCAUUCUCUAGAUAUGAAGCUUGUCUGGAGGCUGUGGUUGAAUAGAGAUUAUAGUGGGUCCUACCAGUCAUGUUUCAAGUUAUUUAGGAGGCAUAUUGGGAUAUUAUCAGGGCACACUGAUGGAGUGCUUUUAGCUCUGGAGAGUGCAGUGAGGACGUGUCCUUUAGUGAUCAUUGGGGGAGAAAUGGUAGAGUGCAUUUUUUUUGGAAGGGGGUGACUAGGGAUGAUAGGCUGGUGGAACUGGAGCUAAAUUUAUUGGCAAGCAAAUUUGCUAUAUUCCCUGGUUUGGUAUAGGAAGUGAAGUUCUGUUUAUUAUUAGUUCAGUGCACUGUUGGGUGUUCCCUUUAUGGUUGCAUACAAAACUGAAAAAAUGCAAAUGGUCAUCAGGCAUUUCAUACACUUAGUGCCCAUAUUUGACAUCAGUUUAUCCACAUGGCAAUAUUUCUUACUCCCUGUCCCAUGCUGAAUGAAGGCCACAUCUGGGAUGUUUCUUCCUCUUCUGCAGAGUUAAGGCUCUGAGUUUACUACCAAAUACAGGACACUACUGUUGUGCCUGAUGGUCAUGCCAAGCAACAACAAGGCAGUAUUUAUGGUACUGAUAUGAUCCCUUCUAUGUCUGAGGCUACUCUGUAAUGGAGGGAUCCUGUUAACCAUGUCCUACUGUACACAAGUAAGGAAGUAAAGUACAAUGCCAUAUUCUAGGGGUCCUUAUGGCCCCUUUAAAUCUGAAUUUAAAUGAAUUCAUGAAGACGUAAGCCUUACAACACAGUGUGAACUUAGAAGAGUCUGGUGUUCUUUCCUAUUUUAUGUGAUGUAUAGUGUUUCUCCUAUAACUGUGCAACCAAAUAUCUGUUAUCUGAAAGCAAUCUAAUAUAUAAACCGAAGUGUGACAAAAUGAGUAAUUAAUUUAAAUCUGAAUGUGGAUACCUGACUGUAUAUUGUUAUUUUUAUGUACAUGGUGAAGUAGUGUUUAGUCAUCUGAAGAUUUUUAUCACUUAUUGAUGACAUUUUAUAAUAUGAUUUCAAGUGUUAUAUUUAUAUAUAGACAUUUUGUAUACCCUUGGAUUUCACAGGAAUUUAGAAGGAGUAUGCCCUCAGGUAAUUAUGUUGGUUAAAUAAAGUAUGUUUCUAAAAACUGUGUA